GAGGAGUGUAUAGCAGGAGGUUGUGUUAGAAGCACCAGACACAGAAGAGGGCGGCGCUGCAGCUUGAUGUUGGUUGGAAAGAAGAAGCACAAUGUCCCUUUGGGAAUAUCAUCAACCAGCAGAGCCACAUGUCUCCGCCCCUCCGAAUCUAUACACUCAUCCAGCAUCAGGAUCCGUCCUCUGAGGAAGUUUGAGGAAGUGACAGCAGCUGUGUCACAGGUCAGAGGUCGACUACAGGACAUUCUGAGUGAGACAGAGACAGAGAUUUUACAGAUUGUGUCUCAAGUGGAUGUUUUACUGCCACAACCAGAGCCACAGACCAGAGCUGACUUCUUAAGAUAUUCACAGGAAAUCACACUGGAUCCAAACACAGCAUACAGACGUCUGUUAUUAUCUGAGGGAAACAGAAAAGUAAGCUGGAUGAGUGAAGAACAGUCUUAUUCUGAUCACCCAGACAGAUUCACUGGUUGGUGUCAGGUCCUGAGUAAAGGGAGUCUGACUGGACGUUGUUACUGGGAGGUGGAGGUGAGAGGAGUUGGUGUAGCAGUCACAUACAAGAAUAUCAGAAGAGCAGGAAACUCACUUGAAUGUAUAUUUGGUUACAAUGAUAAAUCUUGGUCGUUAUAUUGUGAUAGAAACAGUUAUAGCUUUCGUUACAACAGCAUCAAGACUCCAGUGUCAGGUCCUGUGUCCUCCAGAGUAGGGGUGUACCUGGAUCACAGUGCAGGUGUUCUGUCCUUCUACAGCGUCUCUGACACCAUGACUCUCCUCCACAGAGUCCAGACCACAUUCACUCAGCCUCUAUAUGCUGGAGUUGGGCUUUAUUGGAUUGGAUCCACCGCUGAGUUGUCUAAACUAAAAUAGACUUGAGUCAUUAAAAGCAGUGAUUCAGAUUCUGUGUGUAAAUCUUUAACUUCUUUUGUCUCCAUGGUUGUUGAUCAAAGUUUGUCAUGGUGACGUGUCUGCUCCGCACAUAGAUCAGCUGUCAAUCAAACACUGACCUUCCUUUAUCACACAUAUUUUGUUCUCACUUUGAAAGACAGAAAUCUAUAGUUACACUGACAUGAAUGUGUUUGAAAGAACUAAUGUUGCUGUUGUUUUCUAAAUCAAAGUAGAAAUCAGGUUGUGUGAUGUGUUAGAACCUGUGUUGAUCCUGAUCCUCAUCAAUGAGCUGAUCAAUGACCUCAGAGCGUCAACAUGUCCAACAGAUCAACUACACGCUGGUUGGAUUCACAGAGCAUCAGUGAUAUGGGAUGUUUGUCCUCAUUGUAUUUACAUAUUUAGUGAAUGGGCAUAUUGAUCUGCUGCUGCGUAGGUUUCUGUUCUUUUAGAUAUUCCUGAUCUGAACUAGCAGUUCCAUUGGAGAGUGUCCUGAUCGAGUCCCUCUGAGGGUUUGUUCUGCAGCUCUCAUCACAUGUGUGUCUUAUACAUGUGAUUAUACAUUUAAAUCUCUUACAUACGUAUAAAGCACUAAAACUCUAAUGUGUGAA